AUGCAAAAGCUAGUGCUCUAUGCUUCUAUUUACCUGUUCAUGCUGAUUUCAGUUGAUCCGGUGGCUCUUGAUGACAGUAGCCAGCCCACAGAGAACGCUGAAAAGGACGGACUGUGCAAUGCUUGUACAUGGAGACAGAAUACAAAAUCUUCCAGAAUAGAAGCCAUAAAAAUUCAGAUCCUCAGCAAACUGCGUCUGGAACAAGCUCCUAACAUUAGCAGGGAUGUUAUUAAGCAACUUUUACCCAAGGCUCCUCCACUGCAGGAACUGAUUGAUCAGUAUGAUGUGCAGAGAGAUGACAGUAGCGAUGGCUCUUUGGAAGAUGAUGACUAUCAUGCCACCACCGAAACGAUUAUCACAAUGCCUACAGAGUCUGAUUUUCUUGUACAAAUGGAGGGGAAACCAAAAUGUUGCUUCUUUAAGUUUAGCUCUAAAAUACAAUAUAACAAAGUAGUAAAAGCACAAUUGUGGAUAUACUUGAGGCAAGUCCAAAAACCUACAACGGUGUUUGUGCAGAUCCUGAGACUUAUUAAGCCCAUGAAAGAUGGUACAAGAUAUACUGGAAUUCGAUCUUUGAAACUUGACAUGAACCCAGGCACCGGUAUUUGGCAGAGUAUUGAUGUGAAGACAGUGUUGCAAAAUUGGCUCAAACAGCCUGAAUCCAAUUUAGGCAUCGAAAUAAAAGCUUUUGAUGAGAACGGACGGAAUCUUGCUGUAACUUUCCCAGGACCGGGAGAAGAUGGAUUGAACCCAUUUUUAGAGGUCAGAGUUACAGACACACCAAAACGGUCCCGCAGAGAUUUCGGUCUCGACUGUGACGAGCACUCGACAGAAUCCCGAUGUUGCCGCUACCCGCUGACAGUGGAUUUUGAAGCAUUCGGGUGGGAUUGGAUUAUCGCUCCUAAAAGAUACAAAGCGAAUUAUUGCUCCGGAGAAUGUGAAUUUGUGUUUUUACAAAAGUACCCGCACACCCACCUGGUGCACCAAGCCAACCCCAGAGGCUCGGCAGGCCCUUGCUGCACGCCCACCAAGAUGUCCCCCAUCAAUAUGCUGUACUUCAACGGCAAAGAACAAAUCAUCUAUGGCAAGAUACCAGCCAUGGUUGUAGAUCGCUGCGGGUGCUCAUGA